AUGCGCAUGAGGAAAAGGACCCGACCUGAAAAUGUUGAAGUAGGCUACACAGCACAGACUGGUAAUCGUGCGACUUGUCAAAAAGGAAUGUGGGAGAGCAUCAGAAGUCGUAAUGAAGAAGACUUUGAAACCUUGAAAAAGAAACCAAAAGAAAAUGGGAGAUCUGCAUUUCCUCUUCCUGCUAAGCCUCAAGUCACAACCACCAAAAGCCAUGCUCCUGCCAAAGCCAAAACUCCAGAAAAGCGGAUGUGUACAUCAGUGGAGGAUUUCUUUGGUAUGGGCACAUUAAACGAUCCAACAAGAAACUUGUAGAAGAGAAGAAGGAAGAGCCUCGAAAAAGCAGUGCUGACUCUACAAUGGAUGAUGAAGCCAUUGCUAGACAGUUACAGCUUGCAGAGGAUGAAGAGCUGGAAAGACAACUCCAUGAAGAUGAAGAGUUUGCCCGGACGCUGGCAAUGAUAGAUGAUCUACCAAAGUCUAAGGAACUUAAAGUCAGCCCAAAGAAGCAGAGCUCAGCAACUGCUGGAAUAAGCCCAGUAAAGGGCGAAAAAAGGAUUUCUCCAGGCAGAAUUUCUAGUCCAUCAGAGGAAUCUUCUGUCAAAAAGGAGAAGGGUAUUAAAGAAGGAAAUAAGAAUUCCUCCCAUGCACUGUAUGAACCAUCCUUUUCACACAAAAGCAAAGCCUCUUCAGACAAGACUUCUCCAGUGAAAACCAGCUCCAAGCUGGCUCUGAUGAAACAAAAAGAUGACACACAGAAAAAAGAGAAGGAAAUAUCCAGCCCUGUUAGUAAAUCCAAGGUUAUUACUCCAAAGAAACAGCAGACUAAAACCAAGGAGAUCACUCCAAAGAAAGAACAGCCUAAAGCUGCUGUGGUUAUCUCACCAAAGAAGGAGUUGACCACACCAGUAAAAUCAUCUCCGUAUUCCGAGACCAGUCCUGAAGAUUCUGAAAAGAAACGGGGUAACUAUAUGGCAUAUAGAAAUUAUCUCAAUCGAGAAGGUCCUAAAGCUUUGGGAUCCAAAGAUAUUCCUCAG